AUGCUCAACAACCUUGGAGUUGGAGUCGAACGAGGCACUUUCUACCAUCUUGUCGAUCUCGAGGCCGGUGAAGAAACAACGCUCUUCCCGAUAAACACAACCAACAUCAUCAACAGCCCUCCUCCCCCUGAAGACGGGGCUGCCCUUGGUCUUUCUGACAUCGAGAGGCAAAAGCUUCUGUCCGAAUCCCUUGAACUCUUAUGCUUCAAACCGGUGCCCCAAGGGAAGUGUCAAAUGAUGGAAAUUGCCAACAUUAUCAGGUCCAAGAAUUCGGGUCCAUUUGAGCUGACAUUCGACAUUAUGUUCGACACUAUGGAGGCGUACAAUCGGGUCAAAAGCGCCAAUAAUUUGACCAAUGAACUUAUCAUGUCUCUAUGUCACCUGAAACCCGAAGCUAUUAUCGUCAACAUGUUUUUCGAACCUGCGUUGGCAUGGAAAUGCACGAUUCGCAGACCCUGGGAACAGGGGACUGUCGGGGAGCGUGAUACCCUGGGCACCCAGCAACAUGGACCCCUUCUGACCAUUAUCGUCCCUGCUGCCUCUGAUCUCAUUGUCAAGCCUAGUAUAAUUGAUGACGCAGCUCUAUCCCUGUCCCUUCAGGAUCGCUCCAAUUUUUCGGCCACUGACAGCGUUCAUUAUCUGUGGACGUCUCUGGGCUUGCCCGGCCCAUCACUGGAAAAACUUCAGCUCCCUGGCCAGGGUCUUGGUUUGCCCUCUUCCUUCAAAAUUGGCCACAUUGCGCAGGCUUCAAUCGGUCUUUCUGCCUUGCUCGCUGCGCAGAUUUUCGCUCUUCGCACCGCUUCUCCGGUGCCCACAGUAACGGUUCCUCUCGAACAUGCGGCUAUUGAAUUCAAAUACGAGAGGCUAUACACCCUGGCAGGUGAGUCCGCCCCGUCACCAUGGGGACCUAUCGGUGGCUUGCACAAGACUUCAGAUGGUUAUGUGCGCGUGCACGACUCCUUCCCUAAUCAUCGAAAGGGGGCUCUCGCUCUAGUCGGUUGCAAGCCAGAUGCCACCCGUGCGCAACUAGAGCAGAAAAUCAGAGACUGGUGCUCAGUCGACCUUGAGACGGCCGCUUUCGAAAACCGCCUUGUUAUUUCCGCCCUUCGGUCGUACUCUCAGUGGGACGUGCUCCCUCAGGCCCGUCAGAUCGCCGAUUUCCCGAUCACCCUGCGAAAACUCGGUGAUGGGCCAAUUGGUCUGCCUUCGACGAUGCAAUCGCAGCCCGAUAAGGCGCUCCGCGGCUUACGUGGUCUCGAGUUGUCUCGCGUUAUUGCCGCGCCUCUCUCAGGAAAGACGUUGUCUGUUCAUGGUGCUGAUGUUCUCUGGGUCCCAAGCCCCAACCUUCCCGAUCUCCCUACCAUGGAUCGUGACUUUGGCCGAGGCAAGCGCAAAAUUCAGCUUGACCUGAACAUCUCAUCUGACCAAAAUGAACUGUCUGAGCUACUCGAGGACGCUCAUGUGUUUGUACAAGGCUUCCGCCCUGGGGGAAUCACCCAGCGUGGUUUCUCGCCCGAUAUUCUAUCAAAGCGUUUCCAGCAUCGCAACAUUAUCUGUGCCAAUAUGUCUGCCUACAGGCCUGAUGGUCCCUGGUCAGAUAAACGAGGAUUUGACUCCCUGAUUUAAACAUGCUCUUGUAUGAACGUAUCGGAGGCGGAACACUUUGGUGCUGGAGAGGCG